AUAGAAAUCGCUCAUAUUCGCGCAAUUAUUAGAAAGUGACGUCAUUUAUUCGCAUAAGAAGAGGCGCGCGCAUCGAAAUCGUCAUAACAUCACGCAAAAAGGAAGAAAGAACACUGAAAAUUUCGCACAAGACAAAUACUCAGAAUACAGCUUAAGUAUGCAGAUCUUUGUGAAGACUCUCACUGGAAAGACCAUCACCCUUGAGGUUGAACCAUCAGACUCCAUUGAGAAUGUGAAGGCCAAGAUCCAGGACAAAGAAGGCAUUCCACCAGAUCAGCAGAGAUUGAUCUUUGCUGGCAAACAGUUGGAAGAUGGUCGUACAUUGUCAGACUACAACAUCCAGAAGGAGUCCACUCUCCAUCUUGUUCUGCGUUUGAGAGGAGGUAUGCAGAUCUUUGUGAAGACCCUCACUGGAAAGACCAUCACCCUUGAGGUUGAACCAUCAGACUCCAUUGAGAAUGUGAAAGCCAAGAUCCAGGACAAGGAAGGUAUUCCCCCAGAUCAGCAGAGACUGAUCUUUGCUGGCAAACAGUUGGAAGAUGGCCGCACAUUGUCUGAUUACAACAUCCAGAAAGAGUCUACACUCCACCUUGUAUUACGUUUGAGAGGAGGUAUGCAGAUCUUUGUAAAAACACUCACUGGAAAGACCAUCACCCUUGAGGUUGAACCAUCAGACUCCAUUGAGAAUGUGAAGGCCAAGAUCCAGGACAAGGAAGGCAUUCCCCCAGAUCAGCAGAGAUUGAUCUUUGCUGGCAAACAGUUGGAAGAUGGCAGAACAUUGUCUGACUACAACAUCCAAAAGGAGUCCACCCUUCAUCUUGUGCUUCGUCUAAGAGGAGGUAUGCAGAUCUUUGUAAAGACCCUCACUGGAAAGACGAUCACUCUUGAGGUUGAACCAUCAGACUCCAUUGAGAAUGUGAAGGCCAAGAUCCAGGACAAGGAAGGCAUUCCCCCAGAUCAGCAGAGAUUGAUCUUUGCUGGCAAACAGUUGGAAGAUGGUCGUACAUUGUCGGACUACAACAUCCAGAAGGAGUCCACUCUCCAUCUUGUGCUGCGUCUUAGAGGAGGUAUGCAGAUUUUCGUAAAGACCCUCACUGGAAAGACCAUCACCCUUGAGGUUGAGCCAUCAGACUCCAUUGAGAAUGUGAAGGCUAAGAUCCAGGACAAGGAAGGCAUUCCCCCAGAUCAGCAGAGAUUGAUCUUUGCUGGCAAACAGUUGGAAGAUGGCAGAACAUUGUCAGACUACAACAUCCAGAAGGAGUCCACCCUUCAUCUUGUGCUUCGUCUAAGAGGAGGUAUGCAGAUCUUCGUAAAGACCCUCACUGGAAAGACCAUCACCCUUGAGGUUGAACCAUCAGACUCCAUUGAGAAUGUGAAGGCUAAGAUCCAGGACAAGGAAGGCAUUCCCCCAGAUCAGCAGAGAUUGAUCUUUGCUGGCAAACAGUUGGAAGAUGGCAGAACGUUGUCUGACUACAACAUCCAGAAGGAGUCCACCCUUCAUCUUGUGCUUCGUCUGAGAGGAGGUAUGCAGAUCUUUGUGAAGACCCUCACUGGAAAGACCAUCACCCUUGAGGUUGAACCAUCAGACUCCAUUGAGAAUGUGAAGGCCAAGAUCCAGGACAAGGAAGGCAUUCCCCCAGAUCAGCAGAGAUUGAUCUUUGCUGGCAAACAGUUGGAAGAUGGUCGUACAUUGUCUGACUACAACAUCCAGAAGGAGUCCACCCUCCAUCUUGUGCUGCGUCUUAGAGGAGGUUGUUGAUGUGUACUUAAGCUGUGAACACAACCCUGAACCAUAAACUGUCAAAACUUACCUUGUAAUUUUAAUUUUUAUUGUGGAAAUAAGACUAUCUAAGCCUGAUUCAAUCUGUUAUUUGAAAUUUUGAAAUCCAUCUUGAAACAUAUAUUAAUAUUUUAUUGCAGUGUAGUGUUACUUGAACUGAAAAGAACUACAGAUUUUUUCAUUUACCUUGAAUAAGAGAAAACCAGUCUUGGCAAUUUUUAUUUAAAAUGAAUACGACUUUUUAAACCUUGAUUUUAUAAUUCCAUUGUGGUAAAAUUCAUUUGUUUAUUUCAAAAGUGGUAAAAUUUAUUUGAAAUAAAGUUUUUGGCAAAUA